UCAGACCUACUGCCUGGAUCCAUGGCCAUGGCGAGCGACAGGGCACCCGAGUUCAAGAAGGUCUGCGUCGUCGGCGCCGGCAUGUCCGGGCUGGCGGCAGCGCGCGAGCUGCGGCGCGAGGGCCUCGCCGUCAUGGUCAUGGAGCAGCGCGGCGACGUCGGCGGGCAGUGGCUGUACGACCCGAGGACCGACGGCGGCGACCCGCUGGGAGCCACGGCGCCGGUGAAGGUGCACAGCAGCGUGUACGCGUCGGUGCGGUUGAUCAGCCCGCGCGAGUGCAUGGGCUUCUCCGACUUCCAGUUCGUGCCCAGGCCCGGCCGCGACGCGCGCCGCUUCCCGGGCCACCGUGAGGUCCUCUGCUACAUCAAGGACUUCUGCGCCGCGUUCGGGCUCGCCGGCGCCGUCAGGCUCCACACCAGGGUCGUGCGCGUCGCCUGUUGGCGCUCCGCGCUCGCGCCGCGACACGAAACAGGCUCCUACGUGAAAUGGCAGGUGAGAUCCGUGCACGUCGAUCCUGACGGUGGGCAGGAAGGGUCGCCCACGGAGGAGGUGUUCGACGCCGUGGUCGUGGCCAACGGCCAUUACUCGCAGCCGAGGCUGCCAAGCAUCGACGGCAUGGAGGUGUGGCCGCGGCGGCAGCUGCACAGCCACUCGUACCGGGUGCCGGACCCCUUCCGCGACGAGGCGGUGCUGGUGGUGGGCUGCGGCGAGAGCGGCCUGGACAUCGCGACGGAGCUCUGCGGCGUCGCCAGGGAGGUCCACAUCGCGGCCAAGUCCGUGGAGGAUGCCACGACGCCGUCGCCGAUGAUGUCCAAGUUGCUUGCCAACCACGCCGGCAUCCGCCUGCACCCGCCGGUGGACCGCCUGCGCGAGGACGGGACGGUGGCGUUCGCCGACGGCUCCCUCGCCGCCGCCGACACCGUCAUCUACUGCACCGGGUACUCCUACUCGAUCCCGUUCCUGGACACGGCGGGGCUCGUCACCGUGGACAGCAGCCGCGUCGGCCCGCUGUACGAGCACACCUUCCCGCCGCCGCUCGCGCCGUCGCUUUCGUUCGUCGGCGUGCCCAUGCAGAUCUUCGCGCCGUGGUUCUUCCAGGCGCAGGCGAGGUGGGUCGCACUGGUGCUGUCCGGCAGGGAGGCGCUGCCGCCGGAGGAGGAGAUGCUGCGGGCGGUGCGGGAGGACUCCAGCGCUAGGGAGGCGGCCGGCGUGCCGGCCUACCGCACGCACGCCAUCCCCGCCGUCGACCGCUAUGAGUACUUGGAGUUCGUCUACCGGCACUCGGACCUCCCGCGCAUGGAGGAAUGGAAGGUGGAGCUGUUCGAGACUAGCUUCACGAACGCGAUGGAGGACCGCGAGGCCUUCCGUGACCGCGACGACGGCGAGUACAGCGAGAGCAUCCGCGAAGGCCUGCGGAGGUGGCGCCGCUUGGCUGGCGCUCAAUACGAGGCAGCUCUUUGCCGCUGCUGCGUCCGGUGAUCGCGCUCGUGCUGAUGCUGAUGCUGAGGCGCCAUUGCCGGCUCCGUGUCAGCUCUCGCAACUCUGAACCGAGCAGCUACACGGCAUGGCACCAUGGCGAACAGAAACAUUCCUGGUACUAUAUCGGAGCACCAUUAGCUCAGAUUCUGGGUACAACUACAAAGACGUGAGGAAGACAAGGAGGUAAUUCGGAAGGCAUGUCAAACUAGGAGGUUGUGUUUUGGUCAUGGAGAUAUUUGUAACCAUGGAUGGAGGUUUAUUAAUAGGAUUGGUUCUUAAUAAGCGUCUUCAUCAAACUUUUGGGUUGGUUUGUCGCCAUUUUGUCUAAUCCUAUGAGUGUGAUCGCAGAUGGAAGAGCUGUAAACUUUUUAAUAAUCGGUUGUAGUAUCUUUUGGUGUCAAGACUAGGUACUCCUUUUUCCCAUUAUCUAACAAAAUAGGUUGGUGCCGUGAAAGUUGUCCCA